GACGUCAUGUCAAAAUUGUCACGAAACGAACACGAACGCCAUUGCUUGCAUUAAAUUGCAUUUCUUAUUCAUAAUUUCGACUCAAUAUAAAGGAAAUUUGAAAUACAUUUUUCCCAUAAGAUACUAAACAAACAUAACAAUGAGUGAAUUAGUUUGGGGAAUUAAAAAUGGUGACAUAGAUCAAGUAAAAGAUAUCGUAGAAAACAAGAAAAUUGAUGUCAAUGCAUUGAUUGAUGGACGGGUGCCUCUUCACUAUGCUGCUGAUUAUGGACAAACAACUGUUCUCAACUUCUUACUGGACAAAGGGGCUGACCCAAAUAUGGUGGAUAAACAUGGCAUAUCAGUGCUACUGGCAGCUAUUUGGGAAGGACACACAGAUUGUGUUAAAACUUUACUCAAACAUGGUGCUUCUAAAGAUGGCAAAACCCCAGAUGGAAUCCCCUACAUUGAAGCUGCAGAAAAAGAUGAGAUCAAGGAGCUCCUCACAUAGGGCGAACUAACUUAUCUCAACUUUUAUAAGUAUCUCAGAUUCGCUCACAUUUAUAAUUUUAUAACGCUAAGAUAAAAUCACUAGAUCAAACAAUAAAUUAAUCUAUCAUAAUCUAUUUUUACAAUGCAUUUAUUUAGAUUGCGAUGAAUUAUUUUUAUAUGCUCAACAUAUGGAGUUAUCAUAACAUAUGUAUUUUGAUUGUGCGUCCAUUUAGAGGUAUUUAAUUUGUAUAACUAAAGGCCUGGUAGUUUCGAAAUCUUAUGUCAACAUGCAAAGUGGAUAUAAGAAUCCGAAAGCAACCCCAAAUCUAUAAAUCUAGUAAGUAAAUUUAUUAAUUUUAAGGUAUGUAAUUCCAAGAGAACAUCAAAUAUGAUGUAAUUUUUAUUGCUAAAAUAAUAAACUUAUAAUUUAAUUGA